CGUCCCAGCCCAGGAGGAGAGACCCGGAAGCAGAAGCGGAGCCGCGAGUCGAGCUGAGCCACUGCCCCUGCUGCCCGCCGGCGCCGGGUGGGGGUCCCGGCGGCUGGAUGGGCAGCGGCGGCGCGGGCCGCGGGCGGCGAUGGGCGAGGAGCAGAGCACGGUGAGCGGCGGCGGCGGGCCACAGGAGUCGCAGACCCUGGCCGGUGGCACUGCGGGCCACCCCGAGCCUCCGAGGCCGCAGGGGGACAGCGUCCGGCCGCCCCCGCUGUGUGCCGCCUCCGCUGAGCCGAGCAGCGGUGGCUGUGGAAGCGACUGGGGCUGCGCGGACACCAGCGCCCCGGCGCCGGCGAGGAGCUUGGGGGCCCCGAGCUGGAGGCAGAGCCGAGCACCGGCGCAGCCUGCGGGACUGGCACUCGCCGGGCCUCUCAACCCCCAGACCUUGCGACUGCAGUUGGACCUGGAGGAGGAAGAGGAGGAAGCUGGGGACCGAAAACAGGGAGGGGAUGAACAGCAGGAGGCGCCCCCCGGGGAGGAGUUGGCGCCCGGGACCCGCGAGGGGGCUGCCGACGGACUGGUCCUGGACGUGCUGGGUCAACGGCGCCCGCCCCUCGCCAAGAGACAAGUCUUUUGCUCCGUGUACUGCGUGGAGAGCGACUUGCCUGAGGCCCCUGCCUCGGAGCAGCUCUCGCCGCCCGCGUCGCCACUUGGGGCUCCGCCAGUGCCGAACCCUCCCAGCACCCGCUCUUCCUUCCCUAGCCCCCGGCUGUCCCUCCCAGCCGAUUCCCUCUCCCCCGACGGCGGCAGCAUCGAGCUGGAAUUCUACCUGGCGCCCGAGCCGUUCUCCAUGCCCAGCUUGUUGGGAGCUCCACCCUACUCUGGCUUGGGCGGUGUAGGGGAUCCCUAUGCGCCCCUCAUGGUGCUGAUGUGCCGGGUGUGCCUGGAAGACAAACCCAUCAAGCCCCUGCCUUGCUGCAAGAAGGCCGUGUGCGAGGAGUGCCUCAAAAUCUACCUGAGCGCCCAGGUACAACUUGGCCAAGUAGAAAUCAAAUGCCCAAUAACAGAGUGUUUUGAAUUCUUGGAAGAAACAACUGUUGUCUAUAACUUAACGCAUGAAGACUCCAUCAAGUAUAAGUACUUCUUGGAACUUGGCCGUAUUGAUUCCAGCACCAAGCCAUGUCCUCAGUGCAAGCACUUUACAACCUUCAAGAAAAAAGGACAUAUUCCCACCCCUUCCAGAUCAGAAAGCAAAUACAAAAUCCAGUGCCCUACCUGCCAAUUCAUCUGGUGUUUUAAGUGCCACUCUCCUUGGCAUGAAGGUGUUAACUGCAAGGAGUACAAAAAAGGAGACAAAUUGUUGCGUCACUGGGCCAGCGAAAUUGAGCAUGGGCAGAGGAAUGCCCAGAAGUGUCCAAAGUGCAAGAUCCACAUCCAGAGGACUGAAGGAUGUGACCACAUGACCUGCUCACAAUGUAACACUAAUUUUUGUUAUCGAUGUGGUGAGAGAUACCGCCAGCUCCGAUUUUUUGGAGACCACACAUCAAACCUCAGUAUAUUUGGAUGCAAAUAUCGCUACCUCCCAGAGAGACCUCAUUUAAGGAGAUUAGUGCGAGGGUCAGUCUGUGCUGGAAAAUUAUUCAUUGCACCUCUAAUUAUGGUUUUGGGAUUGGCACUAGGGGCCAUAGCAGUUGUAAUCGGUUUAUUUGUAUUUCCAAUCUAUUGCCUUUGUAAAAAACAGAGGAAACGAUCACGGACAGGUAUGCACUGGUAAAAUGCAGAUGAUUUCAUCCAACUAAGCUGGUUUGAGUAGUAGCAUUAUAGAAUGGUACACCCAUCUGUGAGUCACAUCUUGAAAAAUCCUGAGAGGAACAUUCUACCAUCUCAUCUCCCAGUGAUUCUCCGUGGGCCACAAUGCCUCUAGCUAUGGUGCACUCCCAACAUGGUAUCCUGUCCUUUCCCUAAACAAAUUGCUGCUGCUUUUAAAAAAUGGUCACUUUCAUAAACUAUAAACAUCUGUAUCAUAACUCUGCCCUUUGUGGUUCUUGGAAGAAGAUAAUUUAAGAAGAGUUAUCCUCAGAAUUCUUCUGAGCACGCCUCUUCUGAGAAUUGCUUGGACUGUCUUUGAACUCUGCGCCUCCUUCCAGGCCAUCUUGUGAGACUUGGUGUGAAUAGCUGAAAUCCCAUCUGUACCAACAAGCAAGGUCACUUUUCAGAAGAUAAGAGUUCACUGAAUGCACCUAUUAUAAUCUGUGGCCCAAGCAGUAUAAUUCCUUUAUCCAUCAAAUGUUAUAAUUGCUAAAAGUCUCAAUGUCCAAAAGGGAAUGAAUGAAACUAAAUUAAUGAGAAGAAUACUAAGUUACUGAAGUGUAUAUGUGUAGGGGUGUGAAUGUGUGUGUAUAUAUAAAUAUGUAUUAAAACUAGGCCUAAUAACCUUGUAUUUAUCCAGUUCCAUGCCGCUACACUAUUUUUUCACAUUUUCAUAGACGUAUUGAAAGAUGAUGGUUCCUUUGUGGACGUAAUUUGGCAAUGUAUUGAAUUAAAGUCAAUGUAGACAACAGGCUAUUUCGAUGCUGACCUUUUCUAUUUAUUGCUCUUUCUUUUGUCACACACACACAGAAAUUUGUGCAAUGUCACCUCAAGGAGUAUUAAGCUUUGUAAACUGACAAAACUGGCUGCUUUUAGGAAAUUUUCAAGACCCAAAUAUUCAGUCUUUUUAAAAUGUAUUUUGGAAUAGAUGCUUCAUUCUAUAGAUAGAUCCUUCACAUGGGGAUUAUUUAAUCCAAAAAAACAAGUUUGCUAUAAAGAACUGCUUAAGCCUUUUUAAAAAAUCCUAUUCUGCUAAUUUUUUCUGCUUUUAGGAAAUUCUCAAGACGCGAAUAUUCAGUCUUUUAAAAAUGUGUUUUGGAAUAGAUGCUUCACUCUAUAGAUAGAUCCUUCACAUGGGAAUUAUUUAAUCCAAAAAACAAGUUUGCUACAGAGAACUGCUUAAGCCUUUUUAAAAAAAUCCUAUUCGGCUAAUUUUUCACCCAACUUAUAAUUAUAGAUAAUUCUGCUUUAGGUCAAGGUCUUACAUCAUUUAAUAUCCUAACCCUAUUCUCUCUUGUCUCCUCCUCUUUUUUAUUUGUUCCCAAGGUUUUUCAUAAAAAACAAUACAAGUUUUGAAGGAUUUUUUCUUAUGUUUAACUGCUCAAACAUGUACACUUUUUUGGUGUCCUCUUAUGGAGGAGUUAGUUUGAAAACUUUUAUGUUCAUCAGUUUAUCCAAAAUAUCAACUCCUUUUAGAGAAGGAAACAAAAAAGUGAAGGAAAUAUUUUCAGCAAGUAUUUUUCAACCCACGAAAGCUUUAAAAAUAAGAAAUAGACAAGUAACUAGACUAUGAUAUGCCUUUGUUUUCAUCACAGAAGUUAAUCAGCAGACAGGAAAAAAAAGACUCCUAAAAAGCCUAAAGCUCCUAAUUUUCUCAAAAUUCUUAAAAUUAGCCAUUUGUCUUAGAUGUACGUUUAUUUGUUAACAACCCUGUCUGAUUUGAAAUAGAUGAUAUGAUAAAACAUGCAUUAACAUGAGUAAUCUAUUUUUGUUGGCCUCCAGAGUGUAAGAAAAUUUAUUUUUGUUUUACAUAAAGUAAAGUUUACCUGCUUGAAUAACAAGCUAGCAUGCUUUCACUCUUUCUAAAUAACAUGGAAUAUCUGUACUACAGCUUCUGGAAGUUGUCUAUUUCCAGUUAGAAGAGUGUGUGACAUUUAUCGUGAAUAGCAUCUUUCUAAAGCAUAAUAUUAUACAAGAAAAAUGUGAUGCCCUGGUUUCACAAAUUUAUCUUUUAAUUCACCCAUCCAUCCAUUUGACAGAUAUUUACUGAGUGCCUGUUUUAGGUGUUCUAGUAUUAAGACUGAAAGAAGGAGAAUUUCUAGCCUGUCAUAAAUGUACUUAGGUUUUGUAAAUUCAUCUUUCCUGAACUUAGGCAUUAGUUUGGCAUUAUGUGAAUAUGAUGAACUCUAAACCUAGCUGAUCUGUUUAUGUAUGAUGUAUAUAUAUGUAUGGUAUAUAUGAAAUAUUCCCAUAACUGCAUAUGAACACAUAUGCCAUAUACGUAUGUACCAACUGGCUGAAUAACAUACUCUUUGGUCUUGGAUAAUCUAUAUUCUAGGUUAUAUGUCUGUUAUCUUUGGCCUACUCAGGGAUUUUUAUUUCUUUUUUUAAAUAACUUAUCUUCUGGACAUAUUUUUAUAUUAUUUGGAAAACUUUCCAAUAUUCCAUUUACAACGUGAUUUUCAGUGAAGGCUAUUUCAUCAAUGCUUGAAAUAGUGUGCACUGUGUUGCACAGGUUUUUCAUUUUUCUAUUGAGUAGAUAUUUUUAAAUUAACAUAUGCAUUUUUAUAUUAGGUGAUAUAUAUUAGGCCUUUCCCUGCUGGUAACUUAAAAUGAUUAUUUGUGAAUUUUUUACUAAGUUCCAUCAAGAUCUUAAAAAGAGAGAAGAAAAUUAAAAGUAUUAUUUAUAUGUCAGUGCCAACUUUGAAGGUAAAACAAUAGUAGGAACUUUUGGGAGAAAUUCUAAAAACUACUUUAAAAAAGAAGCGUGCACAUAAAAUAAAUGUCUUUCUAUCCAAGGCUUGUCAUUUUUAUAUGCUUUUAUUGUAAAUUUAAUAUAUAGUACUUUAAAAAAUUGAACCAUACAGAAUUUAUAAAAUACAAUUUUCUCUGCUCACCCCACCCCUUGUUUUCUAGGGGUAACCACUGUUAAUGGUUUAGUAUGUGUCCUUGCAGGCACUUUCUACAAAUAUACAAAUAAGUGUGUUUGUG